AUGAUGCAGCAACGCUGGAAGUCCUUGCCUCUUGACACUGGUGGAAAUCUUCCUCCCCUUUUCUUCAGCUACGUUUCGAGCCUACAAGGCUACGAGAUUCUUGUCACUGACUUGGCUUAUGUUUGGUCCGAGUCCCUGAGCCGCAAGCAAGUCCUUGCGAACGCAUCUAAAUAUGAUACCAGCAUUGAUCCUAGCGAGGAUGAUGAUCAAUAUCUUGUUUUACUUCAAAAGCUCGGUGAUGCUUUAAACGGAGAGAGCGGCACCUCUCUCACCUUACAAGGCCAUCAAAAUAGAAGUAGCCUCAGGCUAUCCACCAAGACAAAGUUGCCUUCACCUUUAGAACCACUUACCUGGAUUAUAAAUCUAUCACAACUGCCCCAGAGCUCCCUAACCCAGCUACUUUUUCUCCCUGUUCUUCGAGUCGCCGCUAGUUAUGAGUCACGAAUGGAAGCUCUUACUGAGAAGUUAAAGGACAAAGAUUGGGCCUUAGGCAAACUUUUUGACAAAUUAGAAGCCUCUGGUAUCGAUCUCAGCACAGUGUUCCCAUCGUUGACGGGCACACGAUAUGGACAUGGGCGCAAGGCAUCUACAUUUUCACUCGCAUCGGAAUUGAUUAGAGGCAUCGCUCCUUUCGAUAAAACGGCCUGGGACUCGGAGUUUGCCAAGGGUAAUCUCAAUCAGCACCUAGAUGAAAAUAUUGUCACGGAACUCUCAGUCUCUAUUUCUAGCUCUAAGCCCGAAACUAUUGGAGAGGAUUGGUGGGCCAAAAUUGGACAGCAUCAUAGCAGUCCUAGUGGCAACUCCUCACGGCCAACAGCAUUAAAAGCGAAACCUAGAAAACUCAUAGAACCCGAAACUGAAACUGAGGACGAAUUCGAAACUCAUGCAUCACCUGCACCACUUAGAAAGCCUUCGCCAAGUAGCGUUAUGAUAGGCGGUAGCAAUGAGGCAGAAGGUUCUCCCAUUGGAAAAGAAGUGAAACAAACGUCACAAGCUAAUUUUAGGGAGGGGAAUAUCCAUAACUAUACAGACGAAAUAGUUCUUUCAAGUAAUCCCCAUCCUUCGGUUCCAUCCAAAAAGGCAAAAGCUAAAGGCAUAGGGGUGAUCGGUGGUAAAAGGAAGGGCAGCAGCUUGCUAACGGGAAAAUCUGACAAAUCAACUACUCCUGAUAUCCCUCACCACAACCUUCUCGAGAGACUUUCGACGGAUGCCGGGCCAGCACAAUACAAAGAAGAUCGCGUAUCCCAUGCAGUCAAACAGCAAGCAGCACCGCCAGAGGCCAACAACAAUAUUGAUGAAUCGCUCCAUCAUGGAAUGAAGCUGAAAGGCCCUCGCGUAAAAGGUGGGCUGGGCCAAAUAGGAGGCAAAAAAGCAGCUUCAACCUCAAGAGUAAAGGAGCGCCAGGGAUCUUCAAAGGAAGUCGCAAUGAACGAUGAAGUUUCUGACUUAGAACCACCGAAAGGCAAAAGUAGGCUCGGCAUGAUUGGAAGCGAUAAGCUUUCCCGGAAACAAAACAAUACUGUUGCCGAAAACAGUCCUACACUGAGGCAGGAAACUGUGCAAACGGCUGAUGAACCAUCUGACAUCGAGCACGACAAAUAUGCAGAUGCCAAUGCAGCUGAAAAACGAAGACCGCCAAAAAGUUCGAGAUUGAAUACUGAUUCAUCUUACACACUCUUAAAGCAGGAAAUGGAACCUACUAAAGAUGAAACUUUGGAGAAACGAGCAAAUAAAAGAAGAGAAGCUCUCAAGCAGCAGUUAGAAUUGAAAAGCGGUCCGGCAAAAAAGAAAAGAAGAUUUUAA